AUGUCGAGUGCAAGUUGUGAAAAGGAUCUCUUCUCUCAUUUCUUCAAGAGAUGGUCAUCAGCAACCAAAGCCAUCACUGAGAACUCAGGGAACUCCAAUAAUAUAAAAGAACAGUUCAAGAAGAUUGAGAAAGAACUGAUAGAGAUAGAGAGAUCCCUCAGCUCCAUCAAUAAAUGGGAGAAAAGUGUUAUGAAGAUGUUCCAAGAUCUUGACCAAAUUGCUGACUACUUGAUCAAAGAUCUCACCUCUGCCGCCAGUAGUUCCAAUAAACCCCAUGCCGGAAUGAUCACCAAAGAUCUCAAUGAUAUUGCUGGGAUAAUUGGCAAAAUCAAGAUAGAAUCACAACCUUUCCACCGUCUACCCAUGAUACAUAAAGCAAUUAACAAUGGUAUCAGAAGCAUAGAACCAGAAAAGAAGUGGCAAAAGCUUGAGUCAGAGGAGGAUAUAAUGGCUAGUCCCGCAAUAGCUGAUGCGCAGUCUAUCUAUGACAAUUUAGAACCACGGUUGCAGAUUUGUUUUCUCUGUCUUUCCAUAUUCCCUGAGAACUCAAUCAUCAGGAAGAGAUCUUUGAUUUAUUGGUGGAUUGGGGAAGACUUGGUGGGUCAUAAGGAGGUUGAACAGGUUGGAGAAGAUUGCUUCAUGAAGCUGUGUGAGAGUGGCCUUAUUGAGCCCAUCUCUGCUGAGCAUAGUAGAGCCCCUCAUAGUUGCAGAUUGCACCCUUGGGUACGACGGAUGGCAAUUCGCAUUGCAAAAGAAACCAUGUUCUUCGACUUUGAUUCCCAUGGGAAGCCAAUUUCAGGUCCUUCCAUGUUCCCACGACGUGCCUGCGUAGCAACGACCGAGGAAAGAAUAGUGGAGCAGGUUGAUCUGGAACCAGAUCCAAGUAAAUUGACGAUGCUAUUCAACAUAGAUGUUCAUUGUCUAGAAUGUAAUGAGGAAGAAUUCAAGAAGCUCAAGAGCAUGGAGAUCUUGCAGUUGGGACGGUGGAUUAGUGAGCCCAAGCAUCACAUUGAAGUAGACAAUCCGAACUUCUUAGAUCACUUGGGGCUUCUAAAAAAUCUUAGGUAUCUUGGGUUGCAAGGAGUUUCAAGGAUUACAAAGCUUCCAGAAUCAAUCAAUGAAGUGAGUGAAUUACGAGUCCUGGAUCUCCGAGCAUGUCAUAAUUUAGAAAAGUUGCCCUCCGGGAUUGCAUCCCUUAAGAAGCUCACCCACUUGGAUGUGUCAAAAUGCUAUUUGCUGGAGUACAUGCCCAAAGGUCUUGAUUCCCUCUCAGAGCUUCAGUUCUUAAAUGGAUUUGUGAUUAGCAAUCUGAAAAGGCAGGAUGCUUGUAAGCUGAGUGAGUUAACUAAACUUGAGAAGCUUCAAAAACUCAGCAUAAGCUUAAAUGUGGAGACAAUGGCUGCAGAUGGAGAGUUGAAGGCAGUAGGUGGAAUUCGAGGCCUCAAAACUCUUACAAUAACAUGGGGAGGAGGGUUGGCAUUGUCAAUGAAAGGCAAAGACAGAGACAAUGAAAAAUCUAAGAAGCCUGCAGCACCUAAGAGAAACAUUUCAUUUAUUGAGAAAGCUGGAAAGAAACUAACAAGAAAGCCUACAAUGACAAACGAGGCAAAGCCACCAGUCAAAAUUUCCCUUCUGCUUCCACCCAAUCUUACAAAGCUGGACCUCCAAUGCUUUCCUCGGGAGGAGGCACCAGAAUUGCGGAAAGAUGAACAAACAAAGAGUUUGAAGAAACUCUACUUCAGAGGAGGGAGGCUAAGGAGCUUAAGUGGGAUUCAAGAAGGUGGUGUAGUCUCCAAAGUUAAAAUUGUUCGUCUGCGGUUUCUGCAGAAUUUCAAUAUAAGAAGGCCUGAAUUGGAGGAAAUAUUCCCAGAUCUGAAAUAUGCUGAGAUUCUCAAUUGUCAUCAUAUCAAGACCUCAUUCCUGGAAGAGGAAAGUGUGUCAAGGCGAGAUAGAGAUAGUGCAAGCACAAGCAAAGGCAAUGCAGCACCUUGUUCCUCAAUUAAUUAUAAGAUCGAUGGUGUUGGCUUCUCUGAUACCAGUGAGUUGACUAGUUAA